AUGGCUGCCGCCUCGCUACUGGAGGCGGGCCUUGCCCGGUUGCUCUUCUACCCGACGCUGCUCUACACGCUGUUUCGCGGGAAAAUGCCGGGCCGGGCCCACCGUGACUGGUACCACCGCAUCGACUCCACCGUGCUGCUCGGAGCACUGCCACUGCGCAAGAUGACGAGGCGGCUGGUUCAGGACGAGAACGUUCGCGGGGUGAUCACCAUGAACGAGGAGUAUGAAACCAGGUUCCUGUGCAACUCCUCCAAGGAGUGGAAGAGAGAAGGAGUGGAGCAGCUGCGGCUUAGCACAGUCGACAUGACCGGAGUCCCCACCUUGGCUAACCUACACAAAGGAGUGGAGUUUGUUCUCAAGUACCAGUCACUGGGCCAGUGUGUCUAUGUGCAUUGCAAGGCCGGCCGUUCCAGAAGUGCCACCAUGGUGGCAGCGUAUUUGAUUCAGGUGCACAACUGGAGUCCAGAAGAAGCUGUAAGAUUCAUCACCAAGAUCCGGUCACACAUCCACGUCAGAACUGGCCAGUUAGAAGUUCUCAAAGAGUUCCACAAGGAGGUUACUGCAAGGGCAGCAAAGGCUGAGACUAGCCAUACAGCAAAGACAUGA